AUGCCAAAGCCCAAAACAUUACUGAAAGCCACCAAAUCCAAAAAGAACACAAAACAAGCAGAGCCCGAAACAGCGGAUGGAUAUCUUGCUGCGGGUGUCGAGUUUGAGGAAGCCGGUGAAAAAUGGCGUGGCGGGGAUGCAGUGAAGUCCAUGCGUUUUUUCAUGCGAGCGAUAGAUGCGUAUGACACAGGGUUGCGAAAACACCCAGAUUCUUUUGACUUGGCGUAUAAUAAGGCGCGGGUACAAUAUGAGAUCACUCAACACGCCAAACUCGCUACUCAGCUACCAGCCCCUAUGGUCGAAAUUUUGCAGAUUGCGCUAAAAUCCCAUAGAGACGCGUUGAGCAAAGACCAAGACAAUGCAGAUGUCUUAUUUAACACAGCUCAGGUAUUAACGAGUCUAGCAGAAGCUAUCGCUGAGGGGAAACGCCUUUCAAGCCAUGGAGCCCAGCAGGCCGUAAAAUACCUACAAGAAGCUCUCGAGCUAUUUCAAAGGUGUCUCGCCAUACAAGAGCUUCAGUUCACAGAACAUCAAGAGCAAUCAAACGCAAUGGAAGUUGCUAUGUCUGAUCAACCGAAAAGCGAGCAGUCAUCUGAUCCAGAGUCGAGUCUGCAAUCGAUGCCGGAGGAACAAUGGGCUGUUGUAGUAGAGCCCGUCACCAAGAACACCCUAGUCGACACCGCGAUAGCCCAGCUCGAAGCAUUGGCAACUCUCUGUGGUUUGCUGAUAUACGAUUCCGGCUGUAGCCUAGCUUGGCUGGAGGAGUACUCAUCCGACCUGCUGAGGGAAAAAAUCAACGCUUAUGCUGAGGGAACCGAUCGGCAACAUGAUGUUGCACUGGCACGCGCCAAAUUUAUCUCGAUGUUCACGGAAGUAGUAUAUCGAAACGGGCAGAUUAAUUUGGAGACGUAUAAAAACGAGCUCAAUAGCGCUUUUACGGUUGGGCUUGACGUUUCAAAUGACCCGGCCGGCUUGUGCAGUCAAGCGGAGGCCUUGGUAGGUUUUAACUCUGCCAUUGCGGAUACUUUCAGCCCGGGAGGUCCAGAAGACUUGAAAAAUUCGUUGGACCUGCGGUGGAAGUCCCUUUCCUCGGCACUGGACUCCCUAACUUCAGCGUCGAAGCUAUCUGACGCUGGUGAAAAUCUUCCAAGGAUACAUAUCGCGAGAGGAGACGUGGAAAUGUACCGCUGGCGCCUGGGUAUGAAUCCGUGGAAGUAUGGACCUGCAGCUGAUAACUCCAUGACCUUGCUUAAAAAUGCGGAGACGUAUUAUCGUGGAGGAGCGGCAAUAGCAAAGCGGGAUGGAUUGACAGGAGAGCAAAAGGAGGGCACCUUUAAAGAGGCGUUGGUCAAGACGCUUUGCGGGGAUUCUAGUCAGAUGGAAACAUUGCUGGUAAACUCGAAAGAGGAGUUAGUACAGGUCGCGCAAGACAUGGUCGAGGAUAACAUGGUUGCCAGCGAGGACUUGGAGAAGAUACUAUAUAGAUUGAUACCAUAUUUUGAAGCACAACCUGCGUCGAAUGAUGGUCGCUGGUAUAGGCGGCAGGCCAGUCAUCGGUGUUCCAAACUUGCCCUUAGUAGUUCAAAAGCCUCCCUCGAGUCGUAUUGGGGCUGA